AAUUUCAUUGUCAAUUUACAGACAAUACUACGAACAAAAAACCCGAAGCGUGAGGUCUGCUGAAAAUCUGAAACUCCUUUUCAGGCUUCAGCCAUGGGGCUCUUCUCGUGGUGGAAAGGCAAAGAAACUCCCUCCGAGCCCAAACCCGCCCGCAAACCCGACCCGAAUCCCAAACCAGUGCCGGGCAUGAACGGUGCCGUGGAGGUGCGUCGCCCGCCCGCCGACGUGACGGUCUUCGAAUUCGGGUCCGUGGCCGCCUCGUCCGACAAGGUGACGCUCGCCGGAUACUGCCCCGUCUCCGACGACUUCGAGCCCUGCCGGUGGGAGAUCUUGCCGGCCACCUCUGACAACGCGCCGCAGUUUCGCGUUGUGUUCUAACGGAAAGCUUGUGAGACCUCACCACACAUUUAUGUGCUUGUUGAUAAGAGAUGAGGGUUUUUGUUGAACUGUAUGGGAAAAUCAAACAUGUAAUUUGAGAACUAGAACAUGGAAUUACUUUGCGAAUUUUGAGACUUAUCCACCCAGUUAUUUUAUGUUUAA